UUCGCUCACCCAUUUCCUGAGUAAAGCAAAGUCUGGCUCCAGACUGUGACAUUUACCUCGAAAUUUUCUGUCCAUCUGAUUAAAUUUUCUCGUAUUUUUUCCUUUUGGGUGGUGGGUUAAUUUUCUGACUCAGAAACUGAGAAAUCUUGUCUGGGGAACAACCGGAUCCAAUGAUUUCCCAGCUUCAGGAGGGGCUGGCGAGGUUUUGUUUGAGUAGCCCGAGAAAUCGAGGGCUUUUUUAAUACAGAGAACGCAAUAUUCAUGGCCGGAUGGAGAGAGAGAGAGAGAGGGGGGGGUAAAUAAGAAAGGUAUUCUUGGGGUUUGCAAGUUCUGAGAUGGGUUCACGUGAAGUUCAAGCUGUUGUGUCCGUGAGCAAGGAGUUCAAGAAACGAAGAUCCUCUGAAUUAUCAAUGUCGUCUUCAAGAUAUCGCCAAUGGCGUGAUAGGGUUUCCGCUCCUGCAACUUAAAUGCUGGAGUCUCUGUUUCCAUGGCUUUGUUUUUUUUUUCAAUCACAUUGAUUACGGCUUAAGCCACUGAUAAUGACGCUUAUUGGCGCCCUUUUGUUGGCGUUUCGUGGCCCCAUUUGGCCUCAGAUCCAGCGAUUUUGAUUCCAGAAAGCGAUUGAGCAAAGUGCCAUUACGCAAAAGAGGAAAAACCUUUUUUCAAUCUCUGAAGGAUUUCAAUUAAUGGAACUUUCUUCUUCUUCUUCGUCUUCUUCUGCUCUGUUUCAGUUGUUCUUGUUCGGUUUAUCCUUCUGGAUUCUUCUUCCUUUGUCGCAUUCAGGCGAUCUUGAAGCGCUUAGGGCACUGAAAUCUUCGAUUGAUCCAUUCGAUUCGAUGCAAUGGCAGGGGAGCGACUUCUGCAACUGGCGAGGAAUCAAAGAAUGUAUGAAUGGAAGAGUGACGAAGCUCGUGCUCGAGCACUUGAACUUGAGCGGCGGAUUGGACGAGACGAUCCUCAACCAAUUGGAUCAGCUUCGAGUUCUCAGCUUCAAAGACAACUCCAUCUCUGGCCAAAUUCCUAACCUCUCUGGCCUGGUCAACCUCAAAUCCAUCUUCCUCAACAACAACAACUUCUCCGGCGAGAUUCCGGCUUCGCUCUCCGGCCUCCACCGCCUCAAAGUCAUAGUGCUCGCCGGCAACCGACUCUCCGGCCACAUUCCGAACUCAUUUGUCAAUCUCCGGCGACUCUACGUCCUGUACUUGGAAGACAACCGGUUAACCGGCGAAAUCCCUCCGCUGAACCAGAUCAGCCUCAGAUUCUUCAACGUGUCCAACAACCAGCUCUCCGGCCAGAUUCCGGCUACUCCAGCCCUAGUCCGGUUCAACAAGUCAUCAUUUUACGGCAACGCUGCCCUCUGCGGCGAACAAGUUCACAGCCCCUGCACAAACGCCUCGGCCCCGUCUUUGAGCCCGGCCUAUCCCACGGUUCCGGCGAAGAAGCAUUCCGAUAAAAAGAAACUUAUCGGAAUAAUCGCAGGAAGCGUCGGCGGCGGUCUGGCAUUGUUGGCGAUUUUGAUCGGCUUGUGUUUGGUUAGCAAGAAAAAGGAGAAGGAAAAGAGGGAGGCCGGAAUGAAAGCCGCUGCGGUUGCAGGGAGUGGAGCGGCGGUGGAGGAAGGGGAGGGAAGCGGCGGUGGCGGCGGGAAAGGGGAGGGCGGCGGGUUCCGUUGGGAAGGGGAGGGGCUGGGGAGUCUGGUGUUCGUCGGCGGCGGGGAUCAGCAGAUGAGUUACAGCCUGGAGGAUCUGCUCAAGGCCUCGGCGGAGACGCUGGGGAGAGGCACCGUCGGCAGCACUUACAAGGCCGUCAUGGAGUCCGGCUUCAUCGUCACCGUCAAGCGGCUUAAGGACGCCCGGUACCCGAGACAGGAAGAAUUCCGGCGACACAUGGAGCUGGCGGGGCGGCUGAGCCACCCGAAUCUGGUGCCGCUCCGGGCCUAUUUUCAGGCCAAGGAGGAGCGGCUACUAGUCUACGAUUACUUCCCUAACGGCAGCCUCUUCUCUCUCAUUCACGGAUCAAGAACUUCCGGCGCCGGCGGCAAGCCCCUGCACUGGACGUCCUGCCUGAAGAUCGCGGAGGACUUGGCUACCGGCCUCCUCUACAUCCACCAGAACCCGGGCCUAACCCACGGCAACCUCAAAUCCUCCAACGUCCUCCUCGGCUCCGACUUUGAAUCCUGCCUCACCGACUACGCCCUCUCCCCCUUCCGCAACCCCGACUCCCCCGACGAGACCAGCGCCGCCUCCCUCUUCUACCGCGCCCCUGAGUGCCGCGACCCCCGCAAACCCCCCUCCCAACCUGCCGACGUCUACAGCUUCGGCGUCCUCCUCCUGGAGCUCCUCACCGGCAAGACGCCCUUCCAGGACCUCGUCCUGGAGCACGGCUCCGACAUCCCUCGCUGGGUCAGAUCCGUCCGCGCGGAAGAGACGGAGUCCGGGGACGAGCCCGCCUCCAGCAACGACGCCUCCGAGGAGAAGCUGGGGGCCCUGCUGAACGUAGCCGUGGCCUGCGUAUCCGGGUUGCCGGAGAACCGGCCGGGAAUGAGGGAGGUAUUGAGGAUGAUAAGAGACACGAGGGCGGAAGCUCAGGUGUCGUCGAACAGCAGCGAUCAUUCGCCGGGGAGAUGGUCUGACACCGUGCAGAGCUUGCCGCGGGGCGAGCAUCUGAGCAUAUGAGUGACAAUGAGAGAUGAGAUAUCCCGAAAGUGGAUGCAUUUGCCUUUUUCCAAUUUUCUUUUUUCUUUUUUGGCAUAUGAUUUUUUUUUUUAAGUUUAUUUUAUCAAAGUUGGGGGGUUUAGUGUAAAGAUUCUAAAAAAAUUUUGUUUCUUUCUUUUUUAAAAAGUCUGUGCUUUUUUGUUGUGAUUUUGUGUUUGCAGUGUGAACAAUGAACCAUUGAUAUAUGACCAAUUGAAUUUUUGUGUAAUUUAUGUUCUUU